GAUGAACAAAAACAAAUAAUCUUUGUGUAUAUGUAAUCCUAUUAGACAUUCAUUUCCAUAUAUAACUAAAGUUUCUACAUUUAUCUCCCUUUGCCAAGCUUUUUCUAAUGAUCAUCUCAAGCGUGCCUUGUCUUCCGGUUGUCAACAAGAUGCAGGGAGAACCACAGCCGGCACAGCAAAAUCAAACGAUUCAGGCAGAACUACCAGCAUAUGAACUGCCGCCUAAAUGGAUACCAUUAGAUGAGAGACAGAAUCACCCAGACUACAAUAAUGAUCUCAGGAAGUUUUUGCCAAGAGCUCUGAAACUGAGAAGAAAUAAAACUACAGAUCAGCUUGGUUUUAAUGUAAGAGGAGGUAGAGAACACAACUGUGGAAUCUAUAUAUCAAAGGUACUUCCCAACACUGAUGCACAGAGACUAGGACUGAAGGAGGGAGACCAGAUAAUAACUGUUAAUGAAGCAGACUUCCUGAAUGUUGAACAUGCAGAGGCUGUAAAAAUUUUAAAAAGAAACUUAGAUGUGCAAUUGACUGUUAGAUAUUUUCCAUAUGGUUAUGAUAGAACAUAUGGCAAGAUACGUCCACUUCGGAGUGCCACCCAGUAGAACAUGCUGCCCUGGAUGUUAGAUAAACAGCUGCCAUUCAUUCCAAAGCCAAUACUGUUAUUAUUAGUGAUUUUUUUUCAUUAUCAUCAAACCACAUCACAAUACUCAUAUUAGAGGCAUCAUUGGAUGAAAGAUCUUUAAUUUUUUUAUUUUUAUGGGAAGCUUCAUUUUGUAUUAGUU